AUGAUUUCAACCUACCACUUUGUUAUGAAUUUCAAAUCCCAAUUAGCGAGGAUAAUGAGAUCCUUGCAACGGCUAAUUGAAGACUCGAUGGGGAUAAUAACCAAUCUUGAGGAGCGAAUAAAUUUGGCUACAUAUAAAACGGACGCUAUUGAUCGGAUAGCUUGUAAUAAAGCCUGCGAGUUGGUAACAUCAUGUAAACAUCGCCAUUGCCAAAGCAAUUCCACUAUCAAAACUCGGUCUUGUCACAUCAAAUCCUGCCAAAAUCGACUAUGUAGACGUAACUUUGACCCCAGACCGCAUAAUAAGGACUGUAAAAAACAGCAAGAUAAUUGCCCAGGUUUAAUUUCAGAUGGUAUAAAGCAUUGGCAAGUGGCAUUUCAGUUAUUUGAUAAAGCGUUAAAUUAUAUACUAUCCAACAUUGAGUUGCAACUAUCAAGUUCAAAUUUGCAAGAAUCUAUGUUGGACUUAAAAUUAUACAUCAAAGCUUACAAAGAAGAUAUCAACAUUGCACUAGGAAACGAUUUAGCUGAAAAAAGAGAUAGCUCUCCUUCACUUAAAGAAAUAAUUCAACAUUACGCCUUCAAACCAUAA